AUGGGUGAACUCGAAGCUGAAAGUGAUACAUUGGAACAUUUUGUGGCAUCUGGACGUGCCGGGAGACGUGAUGCUGUACCCCAAAUCGACCUCGAAGUAAAUGAUCCCGGUGCUGCAAAGUUGGCUGAACGAUUGUCGGAUUUAUCGGCACGAUGUGAUGAUCAUGAAGAAUCAUCACAUCAUCAUAAUGAUCCAAAUACUUCAGGAUCAUCUCAUAAUGCUUCCUAG